AUGACUGCAACUAAAUCAAGGUUAUUUUUUGCUCACAUCUAUGUAAAUGUUAAUCAAAUGAUGGACAUGCCCCAAUAUAUUGAGAUUAUAUCUAAAUUAGGGAAAUGGACCCAAGCGAUUGAAUAUGAGUCGCUCCUGUUUGCUUGCUUUCAUUGCAAAAAAUUGGGCCAUUGGGCAAAAUCUUGUCCGCUUAAGAAGGGUAAGAACAACAAGAAUGAUAGCAGUGUGAAGCAGAAAUGGCAAACAAAAGAGAAUAAUGGAGACCCAUCAGUAGAGUGUGAUCCAGAUAAGGAAGUGAUUGAGACAGAAAAGGAGGUGAAGAAGGAUGAGAACAGUAAUAAUGAAAAACCUGCUUGUGUCUGUUCUAAUAAUCAAAUAGAAAGUACUAAAGAAGAUGAGCAAAGAAUAGAGGUAAAUAAUAAAAAUGAUUCAGAGGACCAGGAGGUAGGGCCAGUUAGUCAGGAGAAAGUAGAGGAAAGUCCCAAUGACGAUGUGUCUGCAUCAUCUCAUACAAAAGCAAGUGAGGAAGACUUCAAUGAAGCGCAGGAUUUUAACAUUUCUGAUCUUGAGCCUCUAUUGCUAUUAACCAAUGGAAGCCCAAAGUCAUGUCAAUGCAAAACUCCAUCACAUAGUGCGGAAAUGGAAGUCCUGGAAGGAAGGAAAUCUUAG